UCACUUCUCUAAUUGGGAGUUAUGGACGACUCUAGUUUCCUAUAAUGAACAUCUAUGCUUUUCUCUGUUGCUGAAUCAGAUUGCUAAUCUGACAGACAGAUGAAUUAACUCUAUUUUAUAUUUGCAAUUCAAUCGAGAAAAUUUAUCAGUGGGGAUUAUAUUGAACGAAAUUGAUGUCUAGUUUUAAAUUCUGUUUAAAUUGUUAAUUCCAUAGGGAAAGAAUACUGUUGUGUAAGAAACCAUUAGAAUUGUAAACUUCAUUAUUAAAAGACACUUUUAUUACGUUGUGCGGUAUACUAUAGAACAAUGACAGAACUGAGAAGACGUAAGGUGGCAAGAGGGAAAGGAAGUGUUCGUAACGGUCUUCAUAAAAAUGUCAAUGGUGCUCAUGAAGGGUUACCCGCACUUUUACAGGGUGUUUCAUUACAACAACUGUUUCUUAAUGGUUUUGGUGUAUUUAUGUGUCUAUAUUUAGGAUAUAAACAUGCUUCAUACAUGAAAAUAAUACACGAGACUCAGACUUGGUUCUCCAAUAUAAAGGAGGUCGAAAGAGAGAUUUCUUUCCGUACAGAAUCAGGACUAUACUAUUCCUACUACAAGACAAUGGUGUUAGCUCCUUCAAUAACUGAUGGUUUACAUCAAAUCACACAUGAUAAUGUAACAGAACACCCAGAUACCAUUAAUAUUCUAGAAAGAAUGAACAUUUACCAAGAGGUUAUACUCAGUAUUAUGUACAGAAUACUUCCUAUUAAGAGUUGGGUAGAACCUGUUUACUUUUACCUGAAUUCAGUAUGGGGACUCCAUGCCAUGUUAAUAUGGGCCUUAUUUGCCACAUCAUGGAUGCUGAGUGGAUCUUGGUUGGCGGGCAUACUUGCUGCUUGUUUCUACAUUUUUAACAAAGUAGAUACAACAAGAGUGGAGUAUGUGGUACCAUUAAGAGAGAGUUUUUCACUGCCAUUUCUAUGGGUACAGAUUGCAGCGAUUUCAUUUUUCUUUAGACCCAAUCUCACACUUGUGAAGGAGAAAUUAUGUAUAUGGAUAAUAUUCGUCAGUACAUUCCUGUUUGCCUUGUUUUGGCAGUUUAAUCAGUUUAUAUUCCUGUUACAAGCUUUUGCCUUGUUUGGUGUAUGGGUACUGGAUAUGAUUCCACCAAGAAAGGUUAGAGUAGUAUUUUAUGCCCAGGCUGCUUCGUUGAUAAUAACCAGUAUCAUGCAGUAUAUUAACCUGAUGAUAUUUGGGUCAUUAGUCAUGAGUUUUAUUCCUGCUUCAUUAUUACUCAUGUAUUUUAAGGGGGAAGAACUCCAGCCAUGCAGUAUUCCAUCUAGAUUAUUUAAAGCUGUAUUUUACUGUGUUUCUGUUUUAGUUCUUAUGUUACUUUUUAACACAGCUAUCAAGAUACUCAUAAACAUAGAAGCUGAUGAACAUAUAUUUAAGUUUAUUCUCAGUAAAUUUAGUAUAGACCAUGCCAGAGAUUUUGAUUCCAAGCUUUAUUUAUGUAUUGAUGCCUUUGUCAGGCUGCCAUUUGAUACAUUUGAGAGGCUCACCAAAGGAGUAGUUUUUCCAUUUUAUGUAGCCACACAUCUAGUUUUAUUAGUUGUUCUUUUUAUAUCAGUUUUACAAAAUUGGAGCAAUAAUGUUCAUGAAACUGAAAAUAUCAAAGACCAUCCUGUCAUAAAGAAAACACAUUUACUUAGUAAUAGACCAGAGUUAGCCUUUCAUGCUGUUUGUGGAGUAUUUUUUGGUGGUCUUGCCAUGUCAACAUUGAGAAUGAAGUAUUUAUGGACACCAUACAUGUGUAUACUUGCCAGCUUUGGAGUUAGCGAUCUAAAAAUGUGGAAAGCGGUUCUAACCCAACUCAAAACACAAGGAACAAUGGUACAGAUAGUAAGACAUUUUAGUACUCUGCUGACAUUAGUUGCUUUAUUAACAGUGGCUUUACCACCAGCUUUAAAAGAAUUGGAGGAAUUAAAGGAAUUCUGGGAUCCAGACACAGUAGCUCUGAUGGAGUGGAUCAAUAAGGAUACACCACAGGAUGCUUCAUUCACAGGGAGCAUGCAGCUACUGGCAGGGGUUAAACUGUGUACAGGUCGACCAAUCACAAACCAUCCUCAUUAUGAAGACAAAAAACUCAGACUUAAAACCAAGGAGUUAAUGCAGAUCUAUGGAAGGAGAACACCAAAAGACAUACAUGAAAUAAUGAAGGAAAACAAAGCAAAUUAUAUGAUUUUAGAGGACAGUAUCUGUCUGGCUCAUACGGAGGAUGGCUGUCGUUUACCAGAUAUAAUAGACUUUGAUAAUGGUGUGCUUCCAGAAUUGGUGAAACCUGAACCAAAUCUAGUUCGUAGUAGUGUGCCACGAUUCUGCGAUGUUAUAAGACAUGAUGGAUCUGAUUUUACACGCUAUUUCAAAAAAGUUUUUACAAACCGUACAUUUAGAGUUCAUAAAGUAUUGUGAAACAGUUCAGUUAUAAUCAAUGCAUAAUACUUAAGAAAUUUAAAUGAUCUACUUUUUAUUUGUUUUAUUCAUGAUGUAUUACAUUUUUAAAAGCUUUUUAUUGAAUUUUUGUUAUGUUUAUUUUUGAAGAACAAACAUAUAUAUUUCUUACCAAACAUUAUAGGCAAAAGAAUUUAAGAAAAUCAACAAUAUAAAUCAAAUUCUUUGAAUUUAUCAUUAAUAAUAAUUUGUUAAAGAAGGGAUGUCUGCUGAUAAAUAAGUAUUUUGUCACAUUGGCAAAUCAUACCACAUCUCCAUAUUUUUAUAUUACUAUUUCAUCAAAUUAGAUAGAAAAGUUAUUACUUUUUUUUUAAUUAAAUUUAGGAUAUCUGUCGUGUCUUAAGUUAAACUCAGCUAAAUAUCUAUGUAUGAAUUCAAUUGUACGAUAGAAUUCUUAAAUAAAAAUUGUCUAUUAGAAUAUUUUUGGGACGUACAAAUCAGUUUAAACACACAUAAUUACAAGUAUUUGGCUUAAUAAAUCCCCACCAAUUUUAACUUGAAGACUACUGUUUAAAAUAAUUCCAUGAUUCAUUUUGUCAGUCAGCAGUUAAAUUCAUAUUAAACAUGUAGAAAAAAAGCUUUGCUUGCCAAAACUGUUUAUAAAACCACCUGUGCAAUAUAUUGUUUUUUAAACUUGAGGAAGAAAUUGAAAGUUAUACAUUUUCCUUAAGUUUAUAAUGUAUGCAACACAAUAGCCAUAGUCUUAAGAUUUAACUGGUGAAAUCCGAACUUUAACAAUACAUAGUAGAGAUUUUUUUUUUGGGAAAAGAAAGGAAAUGAUAUAAAAAAAUGACCACUCAAAACCAUUUGUUUCCACUGUAUGUUUGUAAUUUAAGUACUAUGUGAAAUUACUGAUAGUUCCUCUUUUCUAGUAGGGAUAUUAAAAAGUUGAAUAAAAUGGUAAUAAAAAAAUACAGUGUCAAUAAUAUAUCAUGUUCAUUAGUUACUUCAGUUAAAAAGAAACCAAAUAAGCAACAUAAAAUGUAUCUGAGAUAUAUGUAAAGAAAAUCUUUACUAAAACUCUAAACCGUUGACAAUUUGUAAAUAAAUCAAACAAAACCAAAUAUCUGACAGCAUCACCAAAUUCUAAAAUGACCCGCAACAGAUAUUGACAACCACCGACUUGGUCUAAAUAUGGCCCUCUUUGACCACUUUCUUUGAAGAGAAAGUGAUAAGUGAAAAAAAGUUUGCUCUAGAUUGAAGGCAUCACUAUCUCUUUGGCAUAUCAUAUAUUUAUGAUUGUAAUACAAAAAAGCAACAUCCAAAAGAUUUUUACCUCAAUUGUUAUAGAUUACAGGGUUUAGGUUAAAAUAUAUAUUAUUUAAUUGUUGCACAUGUUUUCUGUUUGUUUGUUUGAAUUUUGCCUGCACAAGAAUAGUUUGCAAGAGUUGUUUUUGAAAGUUAUGAUUCAUGCAUAGUAUUUAUAUAUAUUGCUUUUACUAGUAUAAGCUUUGUAAGCAAAACCUCUUUUAUUUUAUCAUCUCUUAUAUAGAAAUUGAUAAUCUGUAUAAUUGAAUAUUUUCACCAGCAAUGUUCAAAUUUGUUUUAACUUUGUUUUUACUGGGAUAAUGAGAAAUACUUUUUUGAUUUAAUCCUAUUUGUUCUGUAGUUUUUGAUAUGAUUAAGAAAAAAGUAUUUGUUAUUUUUGCUUGUAACUUAUAUGUAUGAUGAUUAGUAAAUAGCACAAACAUAGUCUUCUUUGAAUCUUUUUUCUGUCCUGUUCAUAUACAUUUUUCUGUAUGAUAAUGAAUGGUCUUUUUGUUUUACAAACACUGCACAAACACUGCUUACAUCUUAUGUUUUUCAUGGAAUCGAUCAAUUUAAAAGUUGUUUUUUUUACACACAUAUUUAUAACAGAUCUGAACGAAUUGUUUUUCGUUGAAUCGAUCAAUUUAAAAGUUGUUUUUUUUACACAUAUAUUUAUAACAGAUCUGAACUAAUUCAGAAGAUCUGUUUUAUUUUCUAUAUUUAUCAAUUGAUCACCAUAAUUCAUAGAGUAUUUUAUGAUUUAAUGGUAAAAUUCAGUUAUAUGGUCCAAUUGCUGAGGUGAAGAUGGAGAACAACACAGAAUACUAUUAAUCUUUUUUUCUCUAAUAUCUAAUAAAAUUGGACAGAGAUUGAUUUUUAAAAUAUUUCUGUGACAAACACUUUGAAU